GAGGUCCUUAGAGCUCUCGCGCAAACAGCUCAAGUUGUGAAAACACCCAAAAUUAAGCUGACACGAGACGCAAAAAAAUUAGCACAUUCUCAGCCUAUUCCUUUCAUUAUUGUUAUCGAUCUGUUGGUACUAGCCGGCCUCUUUCUUAGCCCCUAACCUAACAGCUCCAUCGCCUUGGCCUUUGGUCACUAAUGAUCAGAGAUGGUGCUGUAUAAUAAAAGUAAUAAUAAUAAUGAUAGUAAUACUAAAGAGAAAAGAAUGGCAUAUAGUUGAAUACUACUACUUUGUGGGUUGUGGGUCUCCCAUCCUGUCAUUAUUAUUGUUACUAUUGUGGGUGUGAUUGUCAACGGUAAUGGGCGCGCGCUGUGCUUGGCUUGUGCGCGCACCAUUCAAUAAUGACAAGUUGUGGUUCACCUUGGGGGUAUUGGUAUCAUGUUGGUGCACAGCAGCAGCGGCUAUGUCAGAUGCUCAGGCGCUGCUGAAGUUCCGGGGUUCUUUGACAAAUGCGGGAGCCCUUAGCAGUUGGGAUCCAUCCACAAACCCAAAGCCACCUUGCACUGGAAACAUUUCCAAUUGGGUGGGCCUGUUUUGUAUCAAGGACAAGGUUUGGGGGUUGCGCCUGGAGAACAUGGGCCUAACCGGCAAUAUCGACAUCAACUCUCUCGCUUCAAUCCCCGCUCUGCGCUCGAUUAGCCUCAUGAACAAUACCUUUGUGGGUCCUUUGCCUAACGUCAGGAUGCUCCCAAAUCUCAAGGCCCUCUACUUGUCCUACAAUCAUUUCUCGGGACAGAUACCUGACGAUAUAUUUACGAGUUUGCAUAGAUUGAGGAAGCUGUAUUUGGCCAAUAACGAGUUCUCGGGUACAAUCCCUUCCUCUAUUCCCACCUUGCCUAGUCUCCUCGUCCUCAGGCUCGAUUCAAACAAGUUUCAAGGUCAAAUCCCCCGAUUUCGACACAAUAAUAAUUUGAAGAUUCUCAACCUUUCUAACAAUGAAUUAGAGGGUCCCAUCCCGACCAAUAUAAGCACCUUCGGCGCGUCCGCCUUCAACGGAAACUCAGGACUAUGCGGGCCACCCCUGAAGAAUGAGUGCCAAGCGUCACUCGGAUCCAAAAUGCGGAUUCAAAAAAUUUUAAUUGUUGUGUUCGCGACAGCAUUCAUAGUAGCCAUGGUGGUUGUAGUGUUGGUGAUAUGUCGGUUGAGGUCAGUGAAAAACCAACAGCAACAGGCCUCAGCGUUGCAGGGCCAGGGCCAAGCCUCAAAUAAAUACGCUCCUCCCAUUUAUGUGAAAACUAAAAGCCUAGCAGAUUACCGUGAUGCUAGUCCGAGGCAGGUAGCACCAGAUCACGGGCGUGGGCGUGCCAGGAGGGCGGAACAAGGGAAACUGACAUUCGUGAGGCACGACCAACUCAAGUUUGAUUUGCAGGAUUUGCUGAAGGCUUCCGCUGAAAUUUUAGGAAGUGCCGGAUUUGGGUCUUCCUACAAGGCCGUCAUUUUGGACGGUCAAGCCGUGGUUGUCAAGCGGUACAAGCAUAUGAACAAUGUGCCAAGAGAGGAGUUCCACGAGCACAUGAGAAGGCUAGGCAAUCUCAACCAUCCCAAUCUUCUCCCUCUCGUCGCCUAUUAUUAUAGGAGAGAAGAAAAGCUUUUGCUCGCUGCCUUUGUCGACAACGGUUGCUUGGCCAGCCGUCUUCAUGGUAAUCAUAGCUAUCAAAAGCCCGGACUUGAUUGGCCAACUCGCUUGAAAAUCGUCAAAGGUGUAGCCAGGGGUUUGUCUUACCUAUACACUGCGCUCCCAAGCGUCAUUGUGCCUCAUGGUCAUCUGAAAUCUUCCAACGUGCUUUUGGAUGAAUCCUUUGAGCCCCUACUCACUGAUUAUGCCCUCAGUCCCGUCAUCAACCUUGACCAUGCCCAACAAGUCAUCAUGCCUUACAAAUCUCCCGAGUAUGCUCAACUUGGUCGCAUUACAAAGAAGACUGAUGUAUGGAGUUUUGGAAUUCUAAUACUCGAGAUCUUAACCGGCAAAUUCCCUGAGAACUAUCUUACACUUCGGUAUAAUACUGAUUCUGACAUAGCUAGUUGGGUAAAUACCAUGAUUACUGAGAAGCGCACCAGUGAUGUGUUUGACGUAGAGAUGGGAGGAAUCGGAAAUAGUAAAGCUCAGUUGCUCAAACUCUUAAAGAUUGGCUUGAGUUGUUGUGAGGAGAAUGUGGAAAGAAGGCUAGAUAUCAAGGAAGCUCUUGCACAAAUUGAAGACUUGAAAGAAACUGAAAAUGAUGUAAUUAUUGGAGAUUACUCCUCCACUAUUAUAACCUCCGAAAGGAAUAUUUAUAGAGCUGUGUGAUUGUCACUCGCUUUUUUUUUU